AUGUCGGACACGACGAUGUUGGCAAUUGCCGUUACUGCGCUAGUGGCAAUUGGGCUUUUCUCGUUACCUUCUCUACAACACUUGACAAGUCAGUUGCGACGACGAGAUACAAAACCUGAAGUUUACGAGGAUGAUGAUGGGAAAGCUACGCCGGAGGCUGUGGCGGCUUUCAGUACCAAAGUUCCCAAGGCCUUUGUAAUUCUCUUCUCAAUCAUUGGAUUAUGCGUGUCAAUUACACUUGCCGUACUCUCGACGCUGAGCCAAGGGGAUGGCUUAUUCGUUGAGAAUUGGCUGGGUGUGGGAGCUUGGGUUCUCCUGAACUGCCAAAUGGUCUCCAUUGUCAUGGCGUCCAGCCGAACGGGUUAUAGGCUGGGUGGCUUCUCAGCUCUGUCCAGCGCUGUCCUCGCAGCAGUCCUUGUGGCCCAGGACAAUCAGAUCGCAGUGGAUCUCCUGAGACAUAAAGCAGGUAUCUUCGCGAUCCGAGUGGUCGAGACUUCAACCAUCCUCGCUCUGAUGUUCGCCAGUUUUUCUCUUCCUCGAAGGCCUGAUGUCUUCCAUGAUGGAAAAUUGGUAGACGGUGCAUACACCAGGUCGCUUUGGUCCCGACUGAACUGGUCGUGGCCUGCAAACGUUCUCCGUGAAGGCAAGCGGAAGAACGACCUUGACCUGGUCGACCUUCCAAGACCCGAUCACUACACCCGAGCAGAGGAAACUACGGCAGACUGGCUGAGCCGAGACUCCAAGGGGCCACUGUGGUUAUCCAUCAUUUCCGCCCACAAACUCGGCUUUGCGAUGCAAUGGUUUGCUACGCUUAUGGCAGCCGUGCUAACCUUCGGUCCUUACUGGUGUGUCCUUCAGCUUCUCCGCAUCAUAGAACAACGACCGAAAGGUGAGGCUUUCGGAUACGGUGCUUGGAUUUGGGUGGUAUGGAUCACCCUCACCAUUCUCGCUCAGUCUUGGGUGGAAUCGUACACGUUCUGGGUGUCCUGGGGCGAGCUGUCCAUUCCGAUCCGAGCGCAACUAUCGUCCUUGAUCUUCAUGAAGUCGAUGCGACGCAAAGACGUAAAAAAGGCUGGCAAAAAGGAGACAUCGGUAGCUAAAUCAACCGAGCCUACCGUUUCUGGGCCAGCGGGAGGGGUUAUUGCUACCGACAGUCCUCAAGUGGAGGAGACGGAAGAAAACGAGGAGGAGAAGGUCAAGAAAAGCAAGCAGGCCGUGGUCAACCUAAUUGGAGUGGACGCGAAGCGUGUCUCCGAUUUUGCCUCGUUCAACUGCUUUUUCCCCGGGAGCGUGUUCAGGCUGAUCGUGAGCUUGGCCCUUCUGCUUGAUCUUCUGGGCUGGAAGGCCUUGGUGGCUGGGUUCUCGACUAUGACCGCCCUAAUUCCGGUCAACAUAUUUUUUAGCAAGCGCUACUCGAAAGCUCAGGACAACUUGAUGAAGGUCCGGGAUGAGAAGAUGGGAGUUGUGUCGGAAGCCCUCCAGGGCAUUCGGCAGAUCAAGUUCUCAGCACUUGAGCCGCAGUGGGAGAAAAAGAUUGGCGAGGUGCGAGAGAGGGAGCUUGGAUGCAUAUGGAAUGCCUUCAUGAACGACGCCAUGCUGAUCGGGUGCUGGAUGACGAGCCCCAUCAUGUUGGCAGCGGUUUCCCUGUCGGUAUAUGCAGCAGUGCAUGGCGAACUCACCCCUUCCGUCGCUUUUGUCAGCCUGGGCGUCUUCCAUUCGCUCGAAGUCACGCUAUCGGCUAUUCCGGAGCUUACGACGGAUCUUCUGGAUGCUUGGGUGUCGGUGAAACGGAUUGAUGCUUACCUCCAGGGAGCAGAAAUCGAGAAGAACACCAAAGAUGCUGAUGAGGUAACUUUCGACAACGCAACGAUAGCAUGGCCAUCAGACGACAAGGAUGAGCGUUCCAACGAGUUCACCCUACAGAAUGUGAACGUCAAGUUCCCCCGGGGUGAGCUGUCAGUCAUUUCGGGCAAGACUGGAUCAGGGAAGAGUCUGAUGUUGGCUGCUGUCCUCGGCGAAGUGGAUAUCUUGUCUGGAUCCAUCAGCGUUCCACGAACCCUGCCGAUAAAACAACGACACGAUAGCAAAGCCAAUAAGGCCAACUGGAUAUUGCCCAGCUCCGUCGCCUUCGUCGCGCAGAUCCCUUGGAUCGAGAACGCGACCAUCAAGAACAACAUAUUGUUCGGUCUUCCGUUCGACGAGGAUCGUUACCUUAAGACGAUCGAAGUUUGUGCCUUGAAGAAGGACAUCGAUAUGUUCACUGAAGGCGAGAAAACUGAGAUCGGGGCCAACGGGAUCAACCUUUCAGGCGGGCAGAAGUGGAGAAUCACGCUUGCUCGCGCCAUCUAUUCCAGGGCGGGGAUACUGGUGCUUGAUGACAUCUUCAGCGCUGUUGAUGCACAUGUUGGCCGCCAUAUCUUUGAGAGAUGUCUGCACGGAGAACUUUGCGUUGGACGGACAAGAAUCCUGGUGACACACCAUGUUGCCCUUGUCGAGCCCAAGACGAAGUAUUUGGUGGAACUGGGCGACGGUGGCGUGCUCAACGCUGGUCUCGUGUCUGAGCUCGCGGAAGCUGGUACCCUGCAACAGAUCAAGAGCCAUGAGCAGACAGAACUGGAAAUGCAAGCCUAUGAAGAAGUCACCGCCGUGAACUCCGAAGAGACGUCUGAAACCGAUGGCGAACUCAUUGGAGAGCCCCUCACCAAGGCUCCCUCAAAGGCACAAGGGCGGAAGUAUGUCGAGGAGGAGACGAGAGAACAAGGGGCCAUCAAGAAGCACGUUUACGCCACUUAUCUCCAAGACAGCGGUGGCUGGUUCUUCUGGCUAUUCAUCAUUAUCUUUUUCGCAUGCGUCCAAGCCUUCACCAUCGGCCGCUCGUGGUGGUUGCGUAUAUGGACCGGAACCUACCAAGAAGAGAGCAUAUCGGCGCAGGAUCAAAGCCAUGCGUACACAUACUCACUCAGCCUGCAGCAGAUGUCUAUGGAUAAGAUCGUGCAGCCCAUGAUUAGUACCUCUGAUCACAGCCUGGGUUUCUAUCUUGGCAUUUACGUGCUGCUGGCUCUUGUCAGUGCUAUCCUUGGCACGGUUCGGUACUACUACGUCUUUCUCGGAUCCAUCCGGGCUUCCAGGAAAAUUUUCGCGAGGCUCAACUUCGUUGUACUUCGGGCGCCACUACGUUGGCUCGACACCGUACCAGUGGGCCGAGUAUUGAAUCGCUUCACAGCCGAUUUCAACUCCGUGGAUUCGCAUAUGGCGUACAGUCUGGCCUUUGGUUUCUCCAGUCUCCUCAACCUAGUCGGUGUAAUUAUCGCAGGUAUUUUUGUGUCCCCCUUCAUCAUCUUUUUGGCCUUCUUCCUCCUUCUUAUCAGUCUUUGGUAUGCCUUGCAAUAUCUGGGAGGCGCAAGGCCGGUGAAACGACUGGAGAGUACCACCAAGAGCCCCGUGUUCGAGACUUUCAACGCCGCCCUGAACGGUGUGACGACCAUCCGGUCGUUUGAUAGGACGCAGCCGUAUAUCGAGCUCAUGUUUGGCAGACUCGAUGAUUGGUCGGUGGCUACAUGGCAUCUCUGGUUAUUUAACCGCUGGAUGGGCUGGAGAAUGGCGGUUGUGGGAUCUUUCUUCGCUUCCAUCGUCGCCAUUCUCAUCCUGCUGACCCCGGACAUGCAUUCGGCCCUGGCUGGGUUCGCCCUUGCUUUUGCGUUGGACUUCUCAGGAGCUGUCAUGUGGACCAUCCGGCACUAUGCCAAUAUCGAGUUGGAAAUGAACGCCGCCGAAAGAGUCGUCGAAUACACUGAGCUGCCGACCGAAAGUCUCGAAGGCGAGAACCCGCCGGCCGCAUGGCCUACAGAGGGGAGCGUCGAAGUCAACGACCUCGUUGUCGGCUAUGCUACCGACCUACCCCCAGUUCUCAAAGGCUUAACCUUCAGCGUGAAACGUAACGAGAGGGUCGGCGUUGUAGGACGUACCGGCGCCGGCAAGUCAUCUCUGACCCUGGCCCUCUUCCGCUUCUUGGAGGCAAGAUCAGGCUCAAUCCAUGUGGACGGUCUUGAUAUCUCCAAGAUCAAGCUUCACACUCUGAGGAGCCGCUUAGCGAUUAUACCACAGGACCCAGUACUUUUUUCGGGUACUGUACGGUCGAACCUGGAUCCUUUCGAUGACCACACCGACGCCGAGCUCUACGACUCGCUUCGCCGCGUUCACCUCGUCACUGAGGACAAGACCUCGCCCGGCACUCCGGCGCAGACACAAGACACGCCCAGCGAAAACGAAGGAGCCAAUAACAAAAACAUCAACGUCUUCCGCGACCUGGGUUCAAACAUCUCAGAAGGCGGCCUCAACCUUUCCCAAGGCCAACGCCAACUUCUCUGUCUAGCCCGCGCCAUCGUGUCGAGGCCAAAAGUCAUGGUCCUUGACGAGGCCACGAGCGCAGUCGAUAUGCACACGGACGGGCUGAUUCAGCGGUCCAUCAGAGAGGAGUUUGGGGGAAGCACGUUGAUGGUGAUUGCGCAUCGGCUGAGCACCAUUGCGGAUUUUGAUCGGAUUUUGGUGCUCAGUGAUGGGAAGGUGGCGGAGUUUGGGACGCCGCGGGAGCUGUGGGAAUGCGAGGGUGGGAGGGGCGUUUUUAGGGGCAUGUGCGAGGAGAGUGGGGAGGUGGAGAGGUUGAGGGAGAUGUGUUUGGGUGGGGGACACGGGAAUUAG